GAGGGUCACAUAUCCGUACUAUCGCUCGCUCUCAAGGCCACUUGCGCCGCCAGUUUCUCAAUUGCUUUCCGAUUUUCUUUCCUCCUUCCAACUUCUUUUGAGGAGCAGGGUUGAUGUGGUCGUGUAUCGUCAAAUCCACCUAUCUCUCACCAUGGCUUCUGCUCUUGUAGCCUUACCGCGAGCCUCCCUGCCGGCCAGGCGAUUGCUGCUGCGGCCUCGUUCCAAACCAAUCGACCUAUCCCAUAUCUGCGUGCGAUGCCUAUCUCAGCAGCAACACCUUCGCCAGCGAGUCGCGCCCGAGCGUCAGACCACUGAAGGGCUGAGUUUCCUGGAAAGAGAUGUUUUGUUCAGCGAUAGACACAUCGGCCCUUCUCGAAAGGAUGAGGUGCAGAUGGUCAAGGCACUCGAUCCGCCGGCCAAGGAUCUCGACGACUUCAUCAGUCAGACACUGCCUGCAGAUAUCCGUGCUAAGAAGCCUCUGGUCGUGCAGAACAUGUUUGGGAAGGAAAACGGCGAGGGCCUGCAUGAACAAGGGAUCGAAAGAGAACUCCAUAGCCUGCAAAACGCUAACAAUGCGUGGCGGUCUUUCAUCGGAGCAGGAUACUACGAUACGAACACACCUACUGUGAUUCAGAGAAAUGUCCUCGAGAACCCUGCAUGGUACACCAGUUACACGCCUUAUCAAGCUGAGAUCAGCCAAGGCCGUCUCGAGUCGCUGUUGAACUUUCAGACUCUUGUGACUGACCUCACGGGUCUCGCCAUUGCCAAUGCCUCAGUCCUAGACGAGGGCACUGCUGCAGCAGAAGCCAUGACCCUCUCAAUGAACGCUCUCCCAAUGUCUCGACAGAGAAAGCCUGGCAAGGUAUUUGUGGUAUCGGAUCGUGUCCACCCUCAAACAAUCGCAGUGCUCGAAUCCAGAGCGACGGGAUUCGGCAUCAACAUUGUGGUGGGAGAUGUGCUGAAGGAUGACUGCAAGCUUGUCAAAGAUCAGGGUGCCAACCUGAUUGGUGUGCUAGCACAGUAUCCUGACACAACGGGAGGUGUCUUCGACUUUCAACAUCUGUCAGAUGUCGUCCACACUGCUGAGGCAACGUUCAGUGUAGCCACCGAUCUUCUGGCUCUGACUCGUCUCAAGGCUCCAGGAGAAUUUGGCGCCGAUGUUGCUUUUGGAAACUCCCAACGAUUCGGUGUUCCUCUGGGAUAUGGAGGCCCUCACGCGGCUUUCUUCGCCUGCAACGAGAAGCACAAACGUAAGAUCCCGGGUCGGCUUGUUGGUGUUUCCAAAGAUCGUCUUGGAAACUCAGCUCUGCGUCUAGCUCUUCAGACUCGCGAGCAGCAUAUCAGAAGAGAGAAGGCCACCAGUAACAUUUGCACCGCUCAGGCUCUCCUCGCAAAUAUGAGCGCUUUUUACGCCAUCUACCAUGGUCCACAAGGUCUCAAAAAGAUUGCGGAGAGAAUAUCAGCCAUGACCAGGUUUGCUCAACACAUGCUCAAAUCUAAAGGAUAUGAAAUUGUCACGGAGGGCUUAGGAAAAGAUGGAUCGGUUCUGUUUGAUACAAUCACUGUACGUGCAAAGGACCAGAAUGAUUAUCAAAAGGUCUUAGCGGCCGCACAAAAAAAGGAGAUCAUGUUACGUCGUCUUACACUUUCGGGUAACGACAAUCUUCUCGGUCUUUCCAUUGACGAGACCACUUCAAGCAGAGAUCUGGGCCAUCUUCUUGAAUGUUUUGGCGUCCCGAACUCUGAGUACAUGGCCGCAUUCAAGAAGCCAGACUUUGUCGCAGCCUCGAACACUGACCCAAUUCCACCCGCACUAAAGAGACAAACACCUUAUUUGACGCAUCCCGUUUUCAACUCGUACCAUUCUGAGACCGAGUUGCUCAGAUACAUCUAUCAUUUACAGUCAAAAGAUCUAUCGCUUGUCCAUUCCAUGAUCCCGCUUGGAUCCUGCACCAUGAAGCUUAAUGCGACCACCGAGAUGCUGCCAGUAUCCUUCUAUGGAUUCUCGAAACUUCAUCCUUUUGCUCCCAUUGAAAACGCUCAGGGAUAUGUACAACUGUUCAAAAGAUUGUCCGAUGCUCUUACUGCGAUCACUGGCAUGCAAGAUGUCAGCCUCCAACCCAACUCUGGCGCUCAGGGAGAGUUUGCUGGCUUGCGAGUGAUCAAGAAGUAUCUUGACAGCAAGGAGACGACCAAGAAGAGAAACAUCUGUCUGAUCCCUGUCUCUGCGCACGGUACUAAUCCUGCAUCAGCUGCCAUGGCAGGAAUGAAGGUCGUUCCUCUCAAAUGUGAUACGAAAACCGGCAACUUGGAUGUGGAAGAUCUUAAAGCGAAAUGUGAGAAGCAUAAGGACGAGCUGGCUGCUAUCAUGGUCACCUACCCAAGUACAUUCGGUGUGUUUGAGCCUGCGAUCAAGGAGGUCUGCCAAAUUGUACACGACCAUGGAGGACAGGUAUACAUGGACGGUGCCAAUCUCAACGCUCAGAUUGGUCUGUGUAACCCCGGCGAGAUCGGUGCUGAUGUCUGCCAUCUCAAUCUGCACAAGACUUUUUGUAUUCCUCACGGCGGAGGUGGCCCUGGUGUUGGACCCAUCGCCGUCAAAGAGCACCUCCAGCCAUUCCUGCCAUUCCACCCUCACGUCGACCCUCACCAGGGUACCAAUCGGGCAACGACAGCCAUUUCUCCGGUCAGCUCUGCUCCAUGGGGUAGUGCUUCAAUCCUACCAAUCAGCUAUGCCUAUAUUCAACUUAUGGGUGGCAAUGGUCUCAAGCAUGGAACGGAGAUGGCAUUGUUGAAUGCCAAUUACAUCAUGUCUCGUCUCCGACCUCAUUACCCAAUUGUCUACACGAAUGCGAACGGUCGCUGUGCACACGAGUUCAUUCUGGAUGCUCGUGGUUUCAAGGAGACCGCCGGUGUCGAAGCCAUCGAUAUCGCCAAACGUCUCCAAGAUUAUGGGUUCCACGCACCAACAAUGAGUUGGCCGGUCGCAAACACUUUGAUGAUCGAACCGACCGAGUCGGAGUCGAAGGAAGAGCUUGAUCGGUUCUGCGACGCAUUGAUUGAAAUCCGAAAGGAGAUCAAGGCGGUUGAAGAUGGUCAGGUUCCACGAGAAGGCAAUGUCCUAAAGAUGGCACCCCACCCUCAAGCCGAUCUGUUGGGCAAGGAUUGGGAUCGCCCGUACACCCGAGAACAAGCAGCGUAUCCACUGCCAUGGCUUCGAGAGAAGAAGUUCUGGCCCACGGUGGCUCGUGUUGACGAUGCCUUUGGCGACACCAAUCUUUUCUGUACCUGCACGCCAGUCGAGAGAUAUGAAGAGGAAGGAUUCACUGGACUUCAGGCCCCCAUGCCGACGUAAUUCCUAAAUCGUCGUUUCGGGUUAGCCCAAAUAUAUUGUAUCUGAAUGGGGAUUUUUUUUCUACUACUACUACUGCAUGAUCGGAGUUUUCAACAUCUCGGGUCCGAGGCACAGCACAGCACAGCACAGCACAGGCAGGCUUGGUACUUUUUUGCUUUGGUAGCGUCGGUUGGGUAUGAAUCAGGAUCGGUGUCGUGUUUAUGGCAAAAACAAAAACAACAACAACAAAGCUGUGGUGAAUAGAUGAUGUUUGACUUUCAACGAGUAAUGAGCAAAAGCGUAUGCGGAAGUUUGUGUUUCUUCUCCUCUUGAACUCGGAAUUGCUACGGGGUGUCUCUUUGCAUGUGUUAUCUUCCACAGGGAUCACACUUGAAUUUCAACAUGAGCUGACGGUAACGGGUGUACACAGAUUGAGAAGUUGUUGUGUUCCGACAAAGAAAAUAACGGGGAGGUGGAGUACUUGAGUAUCUGAAUACUUGAGUGCUUGAGUGCUUGGUGCGGAAGAAAGUUCAAAUUGAAUUGAAUUGAAUUUCUCAAUGGUGCUAUUCAUACAGUUUUGAUGAUGAUGAAAAACGAUCGUCCCAUCUUUGUCAUGACCGUUACUCGUCCUUCGGGGGGGCGGGGGCUAUUAAUGCUCUUUUCUUCUUCUUCUUUCCACCAUCACAUCAACAGAGACAUGGUACAUUUCUUUCAAUAUCCGAGUCGUUGUUGGUGGUUUUCUUGCACGACUCAGAUUCUCUUUGCGCCACUCUUCCACUCCCCGGCGUCCUCCACACCCUGAGCGACCUUGCGAGUGCCAUUCUCGAGUCCUGUGGCCGCAUUGUUCAACCCGUCACCCAGAGGUUUGCCGAGGCUCCCUGUCGCGCCAGUUAUGGUAUCACCGACUCCUAUGAGAGAAGUUGGUUCGUGUGUCGAUCGAUAGGUG